CAUUAUACAGUGUGGAUUCAAAAGGAUGACGGCAGAAGGAAAUAUCACAUCACCCAACUACCCGUUCAACUACCCAAACAACAUGGACUGCACGUGGACCCUCCUCGCUUAUGAGGAUGAAAUAAUCCAGAUAACCUUCAUAUCCUUUGAUCUUCAAACUGGAGCCCAGUGUAAUCGGGACUAUCUUCUGAUAAGAGACGGGGACAACUCUACAGCAAAAAAGUUCUGUGGAAACGUGUCUCUCCCAGUCUUCUCCUCUACUGCGUCGCAGGUUGGGGUUCAGUUCCACAGUGACCGUGAAAUCUCCUCCACUGGCUUUAAAUUCAGCUACAAGAGAGUUCAAAAGAUCUGAUGAGAGUGUAGUCUGCUGCAGCCUUCAAUUCAACCAAGCAGGAGUCCCUAUCCCCUACACUUGUCCUUAGCUCUGAUCUCUGGAGGCACCAUUACAAUGUCUGUACUGGGGCUCAUCCUUUCAUCUUUUGACUGCAGUGGUCUUCUGUUGCUAGACUUCAUUCUUCAUGAAAGUGGUAUUUUACAGUAACUGUUAAAACAAUGACUUAUUGCUUCUUUUUUAUUAAGUCCCUCUCAAACCAAUCUUGAAUAAAACAUACUUUCAAAAUAA